UGGAAACACUAGAUGAAGCAUGGAAGAGAUUCAAGGUGCUGAGAAGAGCAUGCCCUCAAGGCAAUUUGAGUGAUUGUGAGGUUCUUUUCUACUUCUAUAGCGGACUCAACAAUGAAGGGAAGAUGAUGCUAGAUGCUUCGGGUGGCGGAGCCUUUCCUGAUUUACCAUCUGAGGUUGGGGAAGAACUAGUGGAGAAGAUUGUUUCAAAUAAUGUAUCUUGGUACAGCGAUAGGAGUUCUCCUCAGCAAAAGGCUUCGGGCCUAUACGAGAUCAGUGAUAAUUCUGCUCUCUCUGCACGAGUAGAUACAUUGGCAAGCAUGGUGCAGAAGCUCACAACCAGCGUGGAUGUUAUAGGGAAAAAGGUGGAUCUUGCUCUCUCGGUGCCCAGCGUUAAUAUGGUAGCCCUCGGUCCUAUUAAUCCUUCUUGUACCACAUGUGGGGGACUCCAUUGGCCGCGUGAAUGCACUAUGAUGGCACACUCGGCAGCCCAUGGAGUAGAGCAAGUUAAUGAGAUUUAUUCUCAGCGACAGGGUAACUACAAUCAGCCCUACGGACAGCAGCAACAAGGGAAUUACGGGCAAGGAAAUCAGCAACAACAGCAGUCUAGGAACUAUAAUCAGCCCCAAGCACCUCAAGGUCAGUAACAAGCACCUCAGCCAGUGCAAGGGAGUUUCAGGAGGGAGAUUGAGCAAAAAUUUUCUAGCUUGGAAGAAACGCUCAAACAAUUAGCGCAAAAUCAACUGAGGGCGGACUCAAGGAUGCAAAACAUUGAAAAUCAAUUGGGCCAACUUGCAAAGGCUAUAUCUGAAAGGCCUCAGGGAUCCCUCCCUAGCAACACUGAGCCGAACCCAAGAGAUAAUGUUCAUGCAGUCACCUUGAGGAGUGGAAAAGAGCUAGAACCUGCUGCCACGACAAAGAAUCCCAAAGAAGUUGAACCGGCUGCCCGGGAAGAAGAAAAGGACAAAGAAGAUGGAAGAGAGGUGGCGGCUGCACCAAAACAGCCCGUUUCGGUUAAGAAUUACACUCCACCUCUCCCCUAUCCGGCACGAUUGACGAGGAAGAAUGAUAGUGACCAGUUUAGUCAUUUUCUGAAACUCAUGAAACAAAUUCAACUUAACAUACCAUUCGUGGAUGCACUAGCACAAAUGCCGAAGUACGCGAUGUUCAUGAAGGAUCUGCUUACUAACAAGAGGAAGCUGGAAGAAGCAUCAACUGUGUGGCUUAAUGUGGACUGCUCAACUGUGAUUAGGAGGGAUCUACCAGAGAAGCUUAGGGAUCCAGGUUCUUUCACUAUACCUUGCUUAAUAGGAUAUCUUACUUUUGAUAGGGCCUUAGCUGAUUUGGGUGCAAGCAUUAACUUGAUGUCAUAUGCUUUGUAUGAGAAGCUUGCACUCGGUCCACUAAAAUCAACACGUAUGUGCAUACAGUUGGCUGAUCGUUCAGUCAAAUAUCCCAAAGGGAUUGUUGAAGACGUGUUGUUUAAAGUGGACAAGUUUAUUAUUCCUGUAGACUUCGUUAUUUUGGACAUGGAUCAGGAUCGAGAGGUACCAUUGAUUUUGGGCAGACCAUUCUUGGGAACUGCCCGAGCACUCAUUGAUGUUGGAGACGGUAAGCUUGUCCUCCGCGUUGGGGAUGAGACUUCCACUUUUGAUAUGUCCAAAAUAAUGAAGAGGCCUUGUCAGGAUAAUGGAGAGUGUUUUUAUUUGGAUGACAUAGAUUCUAUGGUGGAGGAUUGCACCCCUAACAUGCUUUCUAAUGAAGCCCUUUUUGACCUGUUGUUGGAGGAUAGUGUGUCAGCAGAGGAUCUUGAGCCCCUCCCUAGUUUUGAUUGUCUUAUGAUUAGUGGAAAGGAGGACUCAAGUGAUGUUAGUUCUGUGUAGGGGACGGAAGAUGAUUUAGAUAAGGUGGAGAAGGAAAAUUUUCAGUCUGAUUCCUUUUUUGUUAGUCCUUCUCCAUUAAAUCUAAAGUCUCUUCCAUUCCACCUUGAGUAUGAUUUUAUUGAUAAUAGUCCUGACCCCCCUGUUAUUCUUACACCCGAGCUUGAUCCAUCCCAAAAUUUAGCAUGUUUUAAUUUACUUAGUGAACAAAGGGAAGCUCUAGCCCGGAUAAUUUUUGACAUGAAAGGGAGUUGUCCAUUCUUUGACCCAUUCUUUGCUAAAGGGCCUGAUAAAGGCCACGAUCCAUUCUUUUACUUUAUGGGUGACCCUGAGAUGCAUAAUUGUUUUCAUGAAUUUAAGGUCUUACGCCAUCUUAGGGCAUUUGUUGAUAGGAGGUUUGAUUUGUGGAAGACUAAUUUUCUGAGCGGGAGUGUCUUUGACUAAGUUUUGGAUGAGGUGGUUGCGUCGGACAAACGACGUUAAAACUAACGCUACUUGGGAGGCAACCCAAGCUUAUUUAUGCACUUUUGUUUUUGUUUUUUUGUUUUCAAGAAACCCCCGAAAAAAAAUCGGGGUAUUUUCUGUUUUUUGUUUUGUGUGUUUUGUGUGUUUUGUUUUUGCAGCUCAAGGUCUUGUUGUAGCGAUGAUAUGCCGUGGUUUACAUUGACUCAGUUUAAUUCUACACCGACCAACGCCAAUAGGGAAGUUUUUAUGACUAUUCUUUACGCCUGUUUUAAUAUGUUGACUUGAGUUAAGUUGAGCACGCGUGACCCUUUCCUCUUUACCCCCUUGUGCAUAGUGCAUUUUUGGCCAUCGAGGGCGAUGCCAAAGUUUAAGUGUGGGGGAGUGAAUUGGGCAUUCGGGCAGUAGUUGUUACAUGAGAUUAAUUGGGUUAGCAUGCGUAGGUGUUAUUUGUAUAUUCAUAGAAAAGUCAUGUCAAAAUUUUUGAAAUUUUUUCCUUAAACUGUGUCUUUGUGAGCUGGCUAACGUGUUGACUAUGCUUUUAGAACAUCUUUGAAGUGUUUAGGCUUAAAUUGCUUGCACUAUAAUCUAGUAGUUAAGAUGAUGAAGGCAUUAGUCAGCCAUUGAAUUAAUUCAUAAAUCAUCCAUCCCACUUGAAAAAGUUCUUUAGGAGAAGCCACUUUGAGCCUGACCAUUUUGUUCUUUACCCAAUUAAUUGAGCUUCAUAGCCAAAGGGCUUGUUUUCUUACCCGUGAAUAAUUUUGACAUAGUCUUGGUGUUUAGGGAAUCAGAGGAUAAGUUUUCUAAGUUCAGGGAGUUUUGGUAGGAGCCACUGUUGGUGCUGUUCCCAUGUCCCAAAUGGGGUAAGAACAGUCAGUUUUUAGGAAUUUGAUAUUUUCGAGGAUUGCAUUGUAGGCAUGGAUUCACUAAAUUGAUUGAAUUUGAAUGAUUAGAAUUUUAAUUGCUAAUUUUCCUUGGUGAGACCGAGAUUAGAAUGAGGUAAUGUCUAGUGAAAAUCUGAAAAUUGAAAAAAUUAAUUAAAUGAACUAGACCUCUUACCUUGCGAAAAAGAGAAUGGGAGAUGCGGUCAAAAAGCGUAAGUGUUCUGCACAAUAAGAUGAGACUUGGGGAUCUUUCGAAAGAAAUGACAUUCUUGUGCCAACAUGACAAGGAAAACUGAACUUAUUUAAUGAACUUGGAGGCUUUAGCAAAAUUAGCUUUAGUCCUUCACGUACUUCAAGUAUACGUCAAAGCACAAAUGUGUUGCGGCGGUUUAGUUUAGUUGUACACCAUGUCUACUCUUUGCAUAGGUUUAGAUGAUAGUUCCUAAUUUGUGUCCUACUAAAUUCCUUAAUCCGAAAAAUAGCCCUGAAAUUUAUGAACGUGUUAAGUUUUUGUCAGAUUAUUCCAAAACUCUCAAAUAAAGAGACUGUUUAUUCAUUCACCAUUCACCACCACCUUCACAAGUCCUUCUGAUCAGUAGCUAGUUUAUUAGUGUAGGGUGUCACUACUUUGAGGAUGUUGUUAAUAAUUUUGUCAUUAAUGUUAGCCAGAGUACAAAGAUGUAGUUUAGGAAAGAAUUUUCUUGGGUUAGCCUUUCUGUUAUGUGAAUAUUCCUUUAACUACGUGUGCAUGCUAAUAGUCUUAAUUCUGUGUGGUGAUUAUCGUAAGUCUCGUUGUUUAGUUUGCUUGAGGACAAGCAAAGACUUAAGUGUGGGGGAAUCUGAUAAGUUUAUAUUUUGACACGCAUUUGAUGCGUGUUGGGAUCGAAUUUGAUGUUUUUCCUAGCUUUAAGGUGUUGCAAGUCUCAAUUUUAGCUCGAGUUAUGUUUACCAGGCGUUGGUUCGAGUUUUGUGUUAUUUGGAGUCAAAAUCAGGAAUUUAGAGUCCGGCACCGGCACUUGAAGGGAAAACGGAAUGAUGCGAGAAGCAUUCGAGAGUGAAUUGAGAGCUUUGGAGGUCACCUGGAUGUUCACGAUGAAGAUUUGAUGACAAAAGAGCUCUAGGAUUGGCUACGGGAUCAAAAGAAGACAAAUAGAGCUUGAAAACGGUGUUCAGGAUUACCUUCUAUCAAUCGUUCAAGCAUAUAUCUUUGUAGAAGCAUCCAAAGAAUACGAUUCAAGUUGCAUAUGAAAUACAACUUCAAGAGCUACAAAUCAUAUGAAGACACCAUUUCGAGAAUCUGAGAGGAAGAAGGUGAAAACAGUCGAUGAAGUCAGAUGAUCCCUGUUGCAAUUUCAGAAUGAGACCUUCCACCAUUUUAUUCAUAUCUAUUUAUGAAAUGAUUCAAAUCAAAUUCGACAAGUUGUGGUGGAUAGAGAACUGCAUUAUCUACAACUUGCAUGAAGGACGUUUUGUCAAAUUCGGACUAGAAAAGCCGGAAAACUCACUGGAAGCCACGCACGCGUGCGUGGAGGGACGCACGCGUGCGUGGGGAGACGCACGCGCGCGUCCAACAUUUUUUCGUGCAAGUCUGUCGGACGCACGGACGCCACACACGCUUGCGUGGGAGCCGUGCGUACCCUGGUUUAGUCCUAAUCCAGCCUGAAUUGCUUUGUUUCCUUUAAAUAUCACCCCCCUAACCCUAAUUAGGGGGAGAAACUUAGAGAGAGGCUUAGGCACGAGUUUAGAGUAGUUUUCCGCUAUUUUGCUCAAGACUUUGAGAUUAUUUGUAAGUUUUAUCUUUUUAAUUAAUGACAAUUAUUUCUAUUCUUCCCAAUUCUAUUGAUUCUUAAAUUAUGAGUCGGGAGUAGUUUUAAUUAGGGAUUUGAGAUUGAUGAAGGGGUUAAUCAUGAUGUAUGGCUAGUUUCUUGAUGGUUUAAAUUGCAUGAAUGCCGUUUAAUUUGUGUUUGAAUAAUUUAACUGAUAUCUCUUGUAACCUAGAACGCACACUAGAAUUACAAUUGCUUAUAGAAUAAGUUAAGAGAGAUCUAAUUUAUUAUAGGACAUCUCUGCACACACGUAAUCGUUUGCUAAGAUAUUAGUAGCGAUUAAGAGGCCGUAAGCUCGCUUGUUUUGGCAAUAAUUUAGGAUCCUGUCGCAUGAUAGAUCAGUCUGGUUCCCUAAAUUAUUGUACUCUACGCCGUUAGAGCGGUAAGAACUUAGUAAUGAUUAGCUAGGCUCAAUUAACUGUGUGGCUUAAUGUGGACUGCUCAACUGUGAUUAGGAGGGAUCUACCAGAGAAGCUUAAGGAUCCAGGUUCUUUCACUAUACCUUGCUUAAUAGGAUAUCUUACUUUUGAUAGGGCCUUAGCUGAUUUGGGUGCAAGCAUUAACUUGAUGUCAUAUGCUUUGUAUGAGAAGCUUGCACUCGGUCCACUAAAAUCAACACGUAUGUGCAUACAGUUGGCUGAUCGUUCAGUCAAAUAUCCCAAAGGGAUUGUUGAAGACGUGUUGUUUAAAGUGGACAAGUUUAUUAUUCCUGUAGACUUCGUUAUUUUGGACAUGGAUCAGGAUCGAGAGGUACCAUUGAUUUUGGGCAGACCAUUCUUGGGAACUGCCCGAGCACUCAUUGAUGUUGGAGACGGUAAGCUUGUCCUCCGCGUUGGGGAUCAGACUUCCACUUUUGAUAUGUCCAAAAUAAUGAAGAGGCCUUGUCAGGAUAAUGGAGAGUGUUUUUAUUUGGAUGACAUAGAUUCUAUGGUGGAGGAUUGCACCCCUAACAUGCUUUCUAAUGAAGCCCUUUUUGACCUGUUGUUGGAGGAUAGUGUGUCAGCAGAGGAUCUUGAGCCCCUCCCUAGUUUUGAUUGUCUUAUGAUUAGUGGAAAGGAGGACUCAAGUGAUGUUAGUUCUGUGUAGGGGACGGAAGAUGAUUUAGAUAAGGUGGAGAAGGAAAAUUUUCAGUCUGAUUCCUUUUUUGUUAGUCCUUCUCCAUUAAAUCUAAAGUCUCUUCCAUUCCACCUUGAGUAUGAUUUUAUUGAUAAUAGUCCUGACCCCCCUGUUAUUCUUACACCCGAGCUUGAUCCAUCCCAAAAUUUAGCAUGUUUUAAUUUACUUAGUGAACAAAGGGAAGCUCUAGCCCGGAUAAUUUUUGACAUGAAAGGGAGUUGUCCAUUCUUUGACCCAUUCUUUGCCAAAGGGCCUGAUAAAGGCCACGAUCCAUUCUUUUACUUUAUGGGUGACCCUGAGAUGCAUAAUUGUUUUCAUGAAUUUAAGGUCUUACGCCAUCUUAGGGCAUUUGUUGAUAGGAGGUUUGAUUUGUGGAAGACUAAUUUUCUGAGCGGGAGUGUCUUUGACUAAGUUUUGGAUGAGGUGGUUGCGUCGGACAAACGACGUUAAAACUAACGCUACUUGGGAGGCAACCCAAGCUUAUUUAUGCACUUUUGUUUUUGUUUUUUUGUUUUCAAGAAACCCCCGAAAAAAAAUCGGGGUAUUUUCUGUUUUUUGUUUUGUGUGUUUUGUGUGUUUUGUUUUUGCAGCUCAAGGUCUUGUUGUAGCGAUGAUAUGCCGUGGUUUACAUUGACUCAGUUUAAUUCUACACCGACCAACGCCAAUAGGGAAGUUUUUAUGACUAUUCUUUACGCCUGUUUUAAUAUGUUGACUUGAGUUAAGUUGAGCACGCGUGACCCUUUCCUCUUUACCCCCUUGUGCAUAGUGCAUUUUUGGCCAUCGAGGGCGAUGCCAAAGUUUAAGUGUGGGGGAGUGAAUUGGGCAUUCGGGCAGUAGUUGUUACAUGAGAUUAAUUGGGUUAGCAUGCGUAGGUGUUAUUUGUAUAUUCAUAGAAAAGUCAUGUCAAAAUUUUUGAAAUUUUUUCCUUAAACUGUGUCUUUGUGAGCUGGCUAACGUGUUGACUAUGCUUUUAGAACAUCUUUGAAGUGUUUAGGCUUAAAUUGCUUGCACUAUAAUCUAGUAGUUAAGAUGAUGAAGGCAUUAGUCAGCCAUUGAAUUAAUUCAUAAAUCAUCCAUCCCACUUGAAAAAGUUCUUUAGGAGAAGCCACUUUGAGCCUGACCAUUUUGUUCUUUACCCAAUUAAUUGAGCUUCAUAGCCAAAGGGCUUGUUUUCUUACCCGUGAAUAAUUUUGACAUAGUCUUGGUGUUUAGGGAAUCAGAGGAUAAGUUUUCUAAGUUCAGGGAGUUUUGGUAGGAGCCACUGUUGGUGCUGUUCCCAUGUCCCAAAUGGGGUAAGAACAGUCAGUUUUUAGGAAUUUGAUAUUUUCGAGGAUUGCAUUGUAGGCAUGGAUUCACUAAAUUGAUUGAAUUUGAAUGAUUAGAAUUUUAAUUGCUAAUUUUCCUUGGUGAGACCGAGAUUAGAAUGAGGUAAUGUCUAGUGAAAAUCUGAAAAUUGAAAAAAUUAAUUAAAUGAACUAGACCUCUUACCUUGCGAAAAAGAGAAUGGGAGAUGCGGUCAAAAAGCGUAAGUGUUCUGCACAAUAAGAUGAGACUUGGGGAUCUUUCGAAAGAAAUGACAUUCUUGUGCCAACAUGACAAGGAAAACUGAACUUAUUUAAUGAACUUGGAGGCUUUAGCAAAAUUAGCUUUAGUCCUUCACGUACUUCAAGUAUACGUCAAAGCACAAAUGUGUUGCGGCGGUUUAGUUUAGUUGUACACCAUGUCUACUCUUUGCAUAGGUUUAGAUGAUAGUUCCUAAUUUGUGUCCUACUAAAUUCCUUAAUCCGAAAAAUAGCCCUGAAAUUUAUGAACGUGUUAAGUUUUUGUCAGAUUAUUCCAAAACUCUCAAAUAAAGAGACUGUUUAUUCAUUCACCAUUCACCACCACCUUCACAAGUCCUUCUGAUCAGUAGCUAGUUUAUUAGUGUAGGGUGUCACUACUUUGAGGAUGUUGUUAAUAAUUUUGUCAUUAAUGUUAGCCAGAGUACAAAGAUGUAGUUUAGGAAAGAAUUUUCUUGGGUUAGCCUUUCUGUUAUGUGAAUAUUCCUUUAACUACGUGUGCAUGCUAAUAGUCUUAAUUCUGUGUGGUGAUUAUCGUAAGUCUCGUUGUUUAGUUUGCUUGAGGACAAGCAAAGACUUAAGUGUGGGGGAAUCUGAUAAGUUUAUAUUUUGACACGCAUUUGAUGCGUGUUGGGAUCGAAUUUGAUGUUUUUCCUAGCUUUAAGGUGUUGCAAGUCUCAAUUUUAGCUCGAGUUAUGUUUACCAGGCGUUGGUUCGAGUUUUGUGUUAUUUGGAGUCAAAAUCAGGAAUUUAGAGUCCGGCACCGGCACUUGAAGGGAAAACGGAAUGAUGCGAGAAGCAUUCGAGAGUGAAUUGAGAGCUUUGGAGGUCACCUGGAUGUUCACGAUGAAGAUUUGAUGACAAAAGAGCUCUAGGAUUGGCUACGGGAUCAAAAGAAGACAAAUAGAGCUUGAAAACGGUGUUCAGGAUUACCUUCUAUCAAUCGUUCAAGCAUAUAUCUUUGUAGAAGCAUCCAAAGAAUACGAUUCAAGUUGCAUAUGAAAUACAACUUCAAGAGCUACAAAUCAUAUGAAGACAUCAUUUCGAGAAUCUGAGAGGAAGAAGGUGAAAACAGUCGAUGAAGUCAGAUGAUCCCUGUUGCAAUUUCAGAAUGAGACCUUCCACCAUUUUAUUCAUAUCUAUUUAUGAAAUGAUUCAAAUCAAAUUCGACAAGUUGUGGUGGAUAGAGAACUGCAUUAUCUACAACUUGCAUGAAGGACGUUUUGUCAAAUUCGGACUAGAAAAGCCGGAAAACUCACUGGAAGCCACGCACGCGUGCGUGGAGGGACGCACGCGUGCGUGGGGGGACGCACGCGCGCGUCCAACAUUUUUUCGUGCAAGUCUGUCGGACGCACGGACGCCACACACGCUUGCGUGGGAGCCGUGCGUACCCUGGUUUAGUCCUAAUCCAGCCUGAAUUGCUUUGUUUCCUUUAAAUAUCACCCCCCUAACCCUAAUUAGGGGGAGAAACUUAGAGAGAGGCUUAGGCACGAGUUUAGAGUAGUUUUCCGCUAUUUUGCUCAAGACUUUGAGAUUAUUUGUAAGUUUUAUCUUUUUAAUUAAUGACAAUUAUUUCUAUUCUUCCCAAUUCUAUUGAUUCUUAAAUUAUGAGUCGGGAGUAGUUUUAAUUAGGGAUUUGAGAUUGAUGAAGGGGUUAAUCAUGAUGUAUGGCUAGUUUCUUGAUGGUUUAAAUUGCAUGAAUGCCGUUUAAUUUGUGUUUGAAUAAUUUAACUGAUAUCUCUUGUAACCUAGAACGCACACUAGAAUUACAAUUGCUUAUAGAAUAAGUUAAGAGAGAUCUAAUUUAUUAUAGGACAUCUCUGCACACACUUAAUCGUUUGCUAAGAGAUUAGUAGCGAUUAAGAGGCCGUAAGCUCGCUUGUUUUGGCAAUAAUUUAGGAUCCUGUCGCAUGAUAGAUCAGUCUGGUUCCCUAAAUUAUUGUACUCUACGCCGUUAGAGCGGUAAGAACUUAGUAAUGAUUAGCUAGGCUCAAUUAACUGUGUGGCUUAAUGUGGACUGCUCAACUGUGAUUAGGAGGGAUCUACCAGAGAAGCUUAAGGAUCCAGGUUCUUUCACUAUACCUUGCUUAAUAGGAUAUCUUACUUUUGAUAGGGCCUUAGCUGAUUUGGGUGCAAGCAUUAACUUGAUGUCAUAUGCUUUGUAUGAGAAGCUUGCACUCGGUCAACUAAAAUCAACACGUAUGUGCAUACAGUUGGCUGAUCGUUCAGUCAAAUAUCCCAAAGGGAUUGUUGAAGACGUGUUGUUUAAAGUGGACAAGUUUAUUAUUCCUGUAGACUUCGUUAUUUUGGACAUGGAUCAGGAUCGAGAGGUACCAUUGAUUUUGGGCAGACCAUUCUUGGGAACUGCCCGAGCACUCAUUGAUGUUGGAGACGGUAAGCUUGUCCUCCGCGUUGGGGAUGAGACUUCCACUUUUGAUAUGUCCAAAAUAAUGAAGAGGCCUUGUCAGGAUAAUGGAGAGUGUUUUUAUUUGGAUGACAUAGAUUCUAUGGUGGAGGAUUGCACCCCUAACAUGCUUUCUAAUGAAGCCCUUUUUGACCUGUUGUUGGAGGAUAGUGUGUCAGCAGAGGAUCUUGAGCCCCUCCCUAGUUUUGAUUGUCUUAUGAUUAGUGGAAAGGAGGACUCAAGUGAUGUUAGUUCUGUGUAGGGGACGGAAGAUGAUUUAGAUAAGGUGGAGAAGGAAAAUUUUCAGUCUGAUUCCUUUUUUGUUAGUCCUUCUCCAUUAAAUCUAAAGUCUCUUCCAUUCCACCUUGAGUAUGAUUUUAUUGAUAAUAGUCCUGACCCCCCUGUUAUUCUUACACCCGAGCUUGAUCCAUCCCAAAAUUUAGCAUGUUUUAAUUUACUUAGUGAACAAAGGGAAGCUCUAGCCCGGAUAAUUUUUGACAUGAAAGGGAGUUGUCCAUUCUUUGACCCAUUCUUUGCUAAAGGGCCUGAUAAAGGCCACGAUCCAUUCUUUUACUUUAUGGGUGACCCUGAGAUGCAUAAUUGUUUUCAUGAAUUUAAGGUCUUACGCCAUCUUAGGGCAUUUGUUGAUAGGAGGUUUGAUUUGUGGAAGACUAAUUUUCUGAGCGGGAGUGUCUUUGACUAAGUUUUGGAUGAGGUGGUUGCGUCGGACAAACGACGUUAAAACUAACGCUACUUGGGAGGCAACCCAAGCUUAUUUAUGCACUUUUGUUUUUGUUUUUUUGUUUUCAAGAAACCCCCGAAAAAAAAUCGGGGUAUUUUCUGUUUUUUGUUUUGUGUGUUUUGUGUGUUUUGUUUUUGCAGCUCAAGGUCUUGUUGUAGCGAUGAUAUGCCGUGGUUUACAUUGACUCAGUUUAAUUCUACACCGACCAACGCCAAUAGGGAAGUUUUCAUGACUAUUCUUUACGCCUGUUUUAAUAUGUUGACUUGAGUUAAGUUGAGCACGCGUGACCCUUUCCUCUUUACCCCCUUGUGCAUAGUGCAUUUUUGGCCAUCGAGGGCGAUGCCAAAGUUUAAGUGUGGGGGAGUGAAUUGGGCAUUCGGGCAGUAGUUGUUACAUGAGAUUAAUUGGGUUAGCAUGCGUAGGUGUUAUUUGUAUAUUCAUAGAAAAGUCAUGUCAAAAUUUUUGAAAUUUUUUCCUUAAACUGUGUCUUUGUGAGCUGGCUAACGUGUUGACUAUGCUUUUAGAACAUCUUUGAAGUGUUUAGGCUUAAAUUGCUUGCACUAUAAUCUAGUAGUUAAGAUGAUGAAGGCAUUAGUCAGCCAUUGAAUUAAUUCAUAAAUCAUCCAUCCCACUUGAAAAAGUUCUUUAGGAGAAGCCACUUUGAGCCUGACCAUUUUGUUCUUUACCCAAUUAAUUGAGCUUCAUAGCCAAAGGGCCUGUUUUCUUACCCGUGAAUAAUUUUGACAUAGUCUUGGUGUUUAGGGAAUCAGAGGAUAAGUUUUCUAAGUUCAGGGAGUUUUGGUAGGAGCCACUGUUGGUGCUGUUCCCAUGUCCCAAAUGGGGUAAGAACAGUCAGUUUUUAGGAAUUUGAUAUUUUCGAGGAUUGCAUUGUAGGCAUGGAUUCACUUUGAAUGAUUGAAUUUUAAUUGCUAAUUUUCCUUGGUGAGACCGAGAUUAGAAUGAGGUAAUGUCUAGUGAAAAUCUGAAAAUUGAAAAAAUUAAUUAAAUGAACUAGACCUCUUACCUUGCGAAAAAGAGAAUGGGAGAUGCGGUCAAAAAGCGUAAGUGUUCUGCACAAUAAGAUGAGACUUAGGGAUCUUUCGAAAGAAAUGACAUUCUUGUGCCAACAUGACAAGGAAAACUGAACUUAUUUAAUGAACUUGGAGGCUUUAGCAAAAUUAGCUUUAGUCCUUCACGUACUUCAAGUAUACGUCAAAGCACAAAUGUGUUGCGGCGGUUUAGUUUAGUUGUACACCAUGUCUACUCUUUGCAUAGGUUUAGAUGAUAGUUCCUAAUUUGUGUCCUACUAAAUUCCUUAAUCCGAAAAAUAGCCCUGAAAUUUAUGAACGUGUUAAGUUUUUGUCAGAUUAUUCCAAAACUCUCAAAUAAAGAGACUGUUUAUUCAUUCACCAUUCACCACCACCUUCACAAGUCCUUCUGAUCAGUAGCUAGUUUAUUAGUGUAGGGUGUCACUACUUUGAGGAUGUUGUUAAUAAUUUUGUCAUUAAUGUUAGCCAGAGUACAAAGAUGUAGUUUAGGAAAGAAUUUUCUUGGGUUAGCCUUUCUGUUAUGUGAAUAUUCCUUUAACUACGUGUGCAUGCUAAUAGUCUUAAUUCUGUGUGGUGAUUAUCGUAAGUCUCGUUGUUUAGUUUGCUUGAGGACAAGCAAAGACUUAAGUGUGGGGGAAUCUGAUAAGUUUAUAUUUUGACACGCAUUUGAUGCGUGUUGGGAUCGAAUUUGAUGUUUUUCCUAGCUUUAAGGUGUUGCAAGUCUCAAUUUUAGCUCGAGUUAUGUUUACCAGGCGUUGGUUCGAGUUUUGUGUUAUUUGGAGUCAAAAUCAGGAAUUUAGAGUCCGGCACCGGCACUUGAAGGGAAAACGGAAUGAUGCGAGAAGCAUUCGAGAGUGAAUUGAGAGCUUUGGAGGUCACCUGGAUGUUCACGAUGAAGAUUUGAUGACAAAAGAGCUCUAGGAUUGGCUACGGGAUCAAAAGAAGACAAAUAGAGCUUGAAAACGGUGUUCAGGAUUACCUUCUAUCAAUCGUUCAAGCAUAUAUCUUUGUAGAAGCAUCCAAAGAAUACGAUUCAAGUUGCAUAUGAAAUACAACUUCAAGAGCUACAAAUCAUAUGAAGACACCAUUUCGAGAAUCUGAGAGGAAGAAGGUGAAAACAGUCGAUGAAGUCAGAUGAUCCCUGUUGCAAUUUCAGAAUGAGACCUUCCACCAUUUUAUUCAUAUCUAUUUAUGAAAUGAUUCAAAUCAAAUUCGACAAGUUGUGGUGGAUAGAGAACUGCAUUAUCUACAACUUGCAUGAAGGACGUUUUGUCAAAUUCGGACUAGAAAAGCCGGAAAACUCACUGGAAGCCACGCACACGUGCGUGGAGGGACGCACGCGUGCGUGGGGAGACGCACGCGCGCGUCCAACAUUUUUUCGUGCAAGUCUGUCGGACGCACGGACGCCACACACGCUUGCGUGGGAGCCGUGCGUACCCUGGUUUAGUCCUAAUCCAGCCUGAAUUGCUUUGUUUCCUUUAAAUAUCAUCCCCCUAACCCUAAUUAGGGGGAGAAACUUAGAGAGAGGCUUAGGCACGAGUUUAGAGUAGUUUUCCGCUAUUUUGCUCAAGACUUUGAGAUUAUUUGUAAGUUAUCUUUUUAAUUAAUGACAAUUAUUUCUAUUCUUCCCAAUUCUAUUGAUUCUUAAAUUAUGAGUCGGGAGUAGUUUUAAUUAGGGAUUUGAGAUUGAUGAAGGGGUUAAUCAUGAUGUAUGGCUAGUUUCUUGAUGGUUUAAAUUGCAUGAAUGCCGUUUAAUUUGUGUUUGAAUGCACACUAGAAUUACAAUUGCUUAUAGAAUAAGUUAAGAGAGAUCUAAUUUAUUAUAGGACAUCUCUGCACACACUUAAUCGUUUGCUAAGAGAUUAGUAGCGAUUAAGAGGCCGUAAGCUCGCUUGUUUUGGCAAUAAUUUAGGAUCCUGUCGCAUGAUAGAUCAGUCUGGUUCCCUAAAUUAUUGUACUCUACGCCGUUAGAGCGGUAAGAACUUAGUAAUGAUUAGCUAGGCUCAAUUAAAUUAAUUUCAUGUAAUUAAGCCUGAUCGGCAAGAAAUCUGAUUACCCCGGAAUCAAUCCCUAUCCCCUUCGUCGUUAAUUAAGAAGAACCCAAUCAAUUAUUUUUAUUCGCUCAUUCGCAUUAGUUUAAUUUCAAUUCAACCAAUCAAUCUCGCACGACGCAUUUAUUUUAUUUAUUUUUAAUCGCUGAAUUUAAUUAAUACUUGAUUCCCUUUUGUCCGUCCCUGUGGAGAGGAUACUCGUACUUACACCACUAUAUUACAAUCUUUUUAAAGUGCGAGAAAACUCACAUCAGCAGCCAAGAAGGCAGCUGAAACAAGAAGAAAGAACAAAUUAUAUCAAGAAGAGCAGCAAAUCAGAAGAAGAAAAGAAGUAGCAAGAGCUAAAGAAGAGGCCAAGAAAAACUUAGAAGACGUCAACAAAAGAAGAUUUGACCAAUAGUUCGUAAGUGACUAAAAACUAUCGUACUUAAGAGUUUAGAACAAUGUACCAUUCUCAUUGAAAAUCAAUAAAAAUGUAUGUUUCUUGCGUUGUAUAAUUUUGAUAGAUUUUGAUGAUGCCACUAUAUUUUGCUCUUGUACAUUGUGUCUUAUUUAUUUUGAGUGUCGGUGUUCAAAAUUAUUGAUAAGUGACAAAUCAAUGUACAAUUUUUGUGACAUAUAAAAUUAUACCGGAAAAGUCAAAAUGCAAUAGGGUAAUUUUUAUCUACCUUAUUAGGAUAUUUAGAUCCUACCGGUAUGUAUUUAUUUAAAGUACAAAAAUUAAUACUGUCACAAAAAUAAGGUCAGAUAAGUACGAAUAUCACAUACACUGCAUGUGUAUGAUUGAAGACAAAAUUUGAUAGGCAUUUAAUGCUAAAAACGUACAUGGACCUGGAGCAUGGGACGCACACAAGAAAAUCGCCAGAAUGAUCCUGAAAGGAUGUUUCAGCGGCUCAUCAGUGAAGACAAGAGAAAUCCCCAAUAUCUGCUCCAGCACAAGAAGACAAAGGUCAACACAUUCAACGUCAGAGAUUGACUCAUCUUAACCAACGGAUGAGAUCAAUCAAACCAGAGAAGUCUAUAAAUAUAGGCUGAAGCAUGAGUUCUAAGUAAGUUUUUGAGUCUUCUAAGUAGAGAAAAUCUUACCAAGCAUUCAAGAGAUAUUUAGCAAAACAGAAAGUGCAUGUUUAACUUUGCUCUCUGCUUUGACUCAUGCUUCACUGAACUUCCAAGUUAGAAUUUAUCAUUGCUAUAUUCUGGAAGUUUAGUUCUUAGUUGGAGACCAGUUUUCUUGUAAAUCACAAAAACAGUUGUAAACACUUACAAGGAUUUUGUUAUCAAGUCCUAAGUGUGGAUAGAAACAUAGAGUACCUUUUGAUCCUCACUGGAUCAAUUGAGAAAAUUUUAAGGAUUGAGUAACUUGGAGUGGUGUGUACUCCUUAUGAAACACCUUCAAUCUAG